AUGGCUUCCGUACCGCCCAAUGUCCACGUCUCCAGCCACCCUUGCCUCCGGGCCAAGCUGAGCCAGCUGCGCUCCAAGUCGGUGAGCGCCCGUGACGUCAAGUCGCUGAUUCAUGAGCUCUCCGUCAUUGUGGCAUGCGAGGCGUUGGCCACGGCAAUCACCGCCGUCGACGGUCCCCAGGAUGAGACGCCUUUGGGCUUCGAAUUCACCACCACGACGGUCCAACCCAACACAAUGUGUAUUGUUCCAGUCCUGAGAUCCGGUCUUGGCAUGGUUGAAGGUGUCCAGACGAUUCUUCCCAACCCUGUUCCUGUUCACCACCUUGGCAUGUACCGCGAACCCUCUACGCUCGACCCCGUUGAGUACUACAACAACCUCCCCCACCACAUCCCAGAAGAUCCGUCCUCCGCGUCCAACGCUAGCAGCCUGGCUAUCCUCGUCGACCCUGUCAUUGCUACCGGAGGUACAUGCGCCGCAGCUAUUCAGACCCUCCGCGAGUGGGGUGCCAAGCGCAUCAUUGUCUUGGGUAUUGUUGCCGCUGAUGCCGGCCUUCAAAGAGUUGCGGCUGAGUGGCCAGAAGGCACCGAAAUUUGGAUUGCAGGCGUGGAUAAGGAUCUUACCAAGAAUGGCAUGUUGAAGCCGGGUCUGGGCGAUGUCGGAGACAGAUUAUUCUUGACUAUUGGCAAGUAG